UCCUUUCGCCCAGCGCCGUCGGCGGCGUGCCCGCUUCCAAGAUGGCGGCGGCGGCUGUGUCCGGCGCGAUCAGCCGGGCGGGCUGGAGGUUUCUGCAGCUGCGGUGCCUGCCCGCGUCUCGUUGCCGACCGUCCUUGCUGCCACGUGCCUUCCAUGCUUCUGCUGUGGGGCUGAGGUCUUCAGAUGAGCAGAAGCAGCAACCUCCCGCAUCUUUUUCUCAGCAGCAUUCUGAGACACAGGGGGCAGAAAAAGCCAAUCCAGAGUCUUCUCAUUCACCCCCCAGGUAUACGGACCAGGGUGGUGAGGAGGAGGAGGACUAUGAGAGUGAGGAGCAGCUGCAGCACCGCAUCCUGACGGCAGCCCUAGAGUUUGUGCCUGCCCAUGGGUGGACGGCAGAGGCGAUUGCAGAAGGAGCCCAGUCUCUGGGUCUCUCCAGCGCAGCAGCCAGCAUGUUUGGGAAUGAUGGCAGUGAGCUGAUACUACAUUUUGUGACCCAGUGCAACGCUCGGCUCUCCCGUAUGCUAGAAGAGGAGCAGAAGCUGGUACAACUGGGCCAGGCAGAGAAGAGGAAGACAGACCAGUUCCUGAGGGAUGCAGUGGAAACCAGACUGAGAAUGCUGAUCCCGUACAUUGAGCACUGGCCCCGGGCCCUCAGCAUCCUCAUGCUCCCCCACAACAUCCCGUCCAGCCUGAGCCUGCUCACCAGCAUGGUGGACGACAUGUGGCAUUACGCUGGAGACCAGUCCACAGAUUUUAACUGGUACACCCGCCGAGCUGUGCUGGCUGGCAUCUACAACACAACAGAGCUGGUGAUGAUGCAGGACUCCUCCCCAGACUUUGAGGACACGUGGCGCUUCCUAGAAAACAGAAUUAAUGAUGCAAUGAACAUGGGCCACACUGCCAAGCAGGUAAAGUCCACUGGAGAGGCACUGGUGCAAGGACUCAUGGGUGCUGCGGUGACACUCAAGAACUUGGCAGGUCUAAACCAACGCCGGUGAGAGGAAGGGGUAUAAACAAGAGUGCCUGGAAGAAAACAAGUGGAUAAAUUGAAGGGACUUUGAAAAGUAUGAGGUGCUGUCCAUGUAACCGAGUGUUAAUUCCUGAGUCACUACCACAGCCACCUGGAAGCCACAGGGUUCAUACACUUUGGGCCUGGGAUUGGGCUACCCCUUCAGUUCCUAAUACCAGGCCAGACCUCUUGAUGCCUUUCUGCAUUGCUGCUGUGUGAACAAGAAAUGAGGCUCUCUCCAAGCAUUCAAGCCGUGGAAACCCAGCACAUCCCUGUCAUGGUCUCCUGGGCACCUGGAUAAUGUCUUAACCUUCCAGAAAUGCCCUCUUGGGCUGCCAAGCCAGAGUCAAGGUCAGAAUCUACCAUAAGUGGCAGUUCCUCCCCGGCACAGCACAGGCAUGUGCACACAACAGCGUUCCUAGCAAGCAGCCCCUUUCCUCUUCAGGCGUCCUGAGAUGCUGCUCCUGGGAACCCCCCUCAGAAAACUGCCUCAUUCACCUGAGACAGGUGCCUGCUGGACAGAGGUGUGAUCCCAGGCCUGGUAUCACAUUACACCAGUGUGCAUUGCAGGGGUAUCAGUGUCUUUAGAGUCUGUAAAAAUGAUAAUAAACACGUUUGAAGCAG